AUGGUAACAGCAUUCGCCUCUCCAAAUAAGGCGGAUAAGCCGUACCAAGUCUCCACACUGUAUUCUCUUCUUCUUCUUCGCCGGCCGCUUUCGCGGGCUUCAGCGCGAAUACCUAGCACAACCAACAUAUGGAAUCGCGAUAACCUCUUCGUGGGCCGGGGGGCCACCACAUCUCUGUCUGCCGCCGUCGCUACCUUAACCUUAGACCUGCACCCGCGAAUUGACGGAUUCCAGUUUGAUCCUCCUGUUUAUUACCCCCCCAAUAUAGCACGAGAGGAUAUCGCCAAAAACUUUCCGUUCUACGCACCGCCACCGCCAAUACUACCCAAAAUCAUUUACGUCCCGCAUCACAUAUCCAACGGGCCGGGUCGAAAAUGUGCCUAUUACCCAGAAGUGGCAGAGGCGAGAUCUGAGGCGCAAUCCAAGGCAUCGGCAGAGACUGCGGCAGAGGCAACGGCAGAAGCUGUGACAGCAGAAGAGCAGAUAGAAGCUGCAGUCCAAGUUCAGGCUGCUAGGCCUCUGCCCCGGCUUAAGCUUUCCAACAAGAUAUACGUCCUUGGCUUUAACACGGAUGCUAAAUUUAUUGCCCACUCCCUCUCUAGCGUAGAGAAGCUACCUCCUGUUCAGCUGCUUACUCAUAAUACUCUUACUCUAAGAAAAUGGGGAGAGGAGGGGAGAGCUAUUACUGUUUACACCCAGGAUGGAAUUCCGUCUACCCAGCCUAUUCGUUGCCCACAGUACAUCCCCCGUCGACAUGUGCCAUUGAGACAACCUCCCAUCAUGGACAAUAUUGUUGUCAGCACCGUCACUCAGGCCAUCAUCCCUACCCUGUUCAACCUUCGUCUCUAUAUUGACCGUCGAACCACUCUCUGCAUACUCCAUCCAGGGCUCGGAUUGAUGGAGGAAUUGAAUGACAUCGUCUUUCCGAACCCAGCAUUGAGACCAAACUACAUAUUUUGUUACAGCAAUCAUAAACUUGCUAGGUCCACGGCGGGAAAAUACUCUAUCGACCAUAUUCCGGGAAAUCUCGUUUGCCAUGCUGUUCCUAGGGAUGAUGAGGCGAAAGGCUUGGAUAAAUGGACAUCCGACGCGCUCAAUCAAAAACAUACUCGGCAUAUGAUUAGUCUCCUAUCUACAUCCGAAACUCUGAAUGUAAUUGGUCUGCCUUGGCCAUCAUUCCUACAGCUGAAGCUACAAGACAUGAUCUUCUACUCUCUUGCGGAUACCAUCUCGGUUAUGCUAGGCUGCCGAUAUGAUCAAAUCAGGACUGAUCGACACGCCAUGACUUUAUGGGAGAGCAUGCUAAAGGAAACUUUAACUAUCGUCGUGUCACUUCCAGAAUUUCACGAACGUCCAUACAUGCUUGGUGCCACCGGUUUCGCUAAUACCAACUAUCCAACCAAGCUCAAGAAUAGGCUAACAAGGCUUGGAACAGAAUGCAGUAAGUGGAUUUCGAUGAUCCGCCGGGGGAAUAUGCCUCCGGUAGACCUCAUCAACGGCUACUUUAUCCGGAGAGCUAAAGAGCUCGGGCUCAGCCACGCCCAUAACAGCUUCGCGGUUGAGCUUGUUAAGGCUAGGUCGAGAGGCAGGCUCAGGGAGCUCAAUAACUCCAUCCCACUGGGCUUGAUGCCUUAUAUGGCUGAUACGGAUCGCAUCGGAGGCGGGCAGGAUAAGGUCGACCCGAAACUAGAUGUGGAUGCAGACGAGUUAUGA